UGUAUACCGUUGUGAAGAAUGGCUUCUGUGGUGAACCAUGACGGCUUCUUAAGGACAACAUAAACGAGCUCACAAGCUUAUUCCGAAGACAAUUGCCGCUAGAGAGAAUCAUAUAUACGAAUCUGAACGUUCAGCUCAUUGGACCAUAGACCCGAUUAGUUCGAAAAGAGACCAGAUCUGCUCGACAAGGACAUGCACGAAAAUAGCUUUAAUUAGUUGGAGUUAAGUCUUCUGUUUCUUGGACAAUCGUAAACUAUUUUCGAAUGAACUAGUAGCGUAAAUGCAUACAAAAUAACAAGUAUAGCGUUCAAAGACUUCAAAUUGGGUUUUACAAAGGUCGUUUACUUAACUGCGGUGGCAUAUUUUUCUAUACGUACAUUUAGUACCAAACGCCGUAAUUUGAUUGCCGAUUGACCCCAUUCUGCGCUAGCUAUUCAUUUCCUAUGUGUUAAUAGCCAUCGGCUUCUACACAAUAGAAUUUGAAUAAAUAUGAAUGAGCUAGAAGAUGCUGUUUUAUCAGCUGUGGAUGGCAUUUACCACCAUUGGUCGACUGACCGAAGGCCGCAGGCUGAGUAGUAACGGGCCCAAUGAUUAGGUAUGUGGUUGUUUUUUUUGACUAGCCAAUGAUGUGGGUCUCAUUGUAGAUUCUACAUAUUGCGAGUGCAGUCCACAUGGAAUCCAGUCUGCGUGUUCCGUUUCUGCUUAUGGACAUUUUUCGUUGGCCGCAUAAUGUCCUAAUCAGCGACGAAAGUUGCCUGCUUUAUCGUUGCCGUAGCUCAGUAGUAAGCCACGAAUGAAACCUCGACACAAAGUCGCAGCUAAAACACCUAACUUCUUUUAAGCUAACUUAACGUCGAGUGCUAUUUAGCUUUUUACUAGAGGAUAGUACAGUGGCAUUUUCCGGGCGUCUGAGUGGUGUGUUAUUAUUGUGGAAAGUAAGCUUGGAAAAAAAAACAAUAUAGCCGUCUGUGAGAGAACUGACUAGGGAACUUAAAGUCGUCGCACAUUGACAUAUUUGAUCGCCAAAACUGUUGUGCACAGUCGUUCCUGUCACUAGAAAUGACAUAUCGACGUAUCGAACGUCGAAAAAAAGCUGGCUUGUUGCGUGCACGGGCCCGUUCCGAGACAGGGCUCGAGGAGAUCGGUGCAUUUAGUCCUGCACAACUCUCAUUAGCCUUAACUCAGCUCGGAGGUGGGGCAGCUCUUGCCGGCACGGACGUCGCAGCGCUGAAAUUCCCGCUUUGCCCCCCUAACGGCGACGCAACCUUAGAAAACAAGCAGGGCAGAGAAAUGUAUUCCUACGCUUAUCGAUUGCGCUAUUUGCAGAAAUUACACCAGGACGCGUUUCUGGGCCUUAAUGCCGUGCUGCUCGGUGAAGGUCUCCCACCUGGUGCCGUCUACCGCUCUUCCCUACCAGCUACACCGGUCUCCACACCUAUUAGAGAAAACUGGGUCUUCUCCGAACAGGCCUUGCGCGAGCGCCUCUGCAAGACGCCCUCACCUAGGAAGUGUCGCCUCUUUGACCCGCGACGCCGCUCCGAAGCCGGUCUUCACGAGGAGAGGGAAAACAGUUGGACUGAAGGCGAGGAUAAUGAUGAUGGAGAGAUUGAUUCGCCUAACGAAGACGCUGACUCGGUUCGCGAAAACGACGACUUCAUGCUACUCAACAGGGAGCUUUUUAUCGGUAACAUCUCGUCCAAGACGACGAAGUCCGAUCUGCGCGAACUGUUCACGCAGUUUGGACGGGUAACAGACGUAACGAUAUGCGUGGACGCGGAGCGACGCUGGUCGCGGGGCUUUGGGUUUGUGACAUUCUCCAAGAAGGAGGAAGCGGACAGGGCGCUUGAGGCCGGGCGUCAGGGAAUCAUCAUGUGUGAUGGGCGUGCCCUGAGAAUUCUGCCUGCCAGCGAUAAAAGAACUUUCAAAUUGCGGCAACUGGCGGCUAAAGAACGACGUCUUAAGGACGAGAUUGAUGGCAUCGAUGAGAGCCUUGAUGACGACUCGAUUUACGUACCCGUAAUGAGUGUGGAAAACCUUAAUCAAAUGCCCGAUGAAGUGAUGUCUGCCAUAUUGGCACGAUUGGAUUGGCGCGCUCGUGUACGAAUGGAACGCGUAUGUAAACGCUGGCAGCGACUUGCUCUCAAGUUAUGGGGUGCUGAGGAGGAUAUUGGAUUUGCACUUAAAUCGUUUACAACCAAGCAGCCGUUAACGAUCGACAUCUUCCGAGCCUUGCUGACGCGCUGUAAAAACUCUCUUAGACGAGUAGAUCUCUCAAUGGUUAAUCAUACUAUGGCUGGUGGAGAAGCUGCGGAACAGGUCGCGCAAACAUGUCCUCAUUUAGAGCAGUUAAACAUGUCGGGACUACCGUUGAGUAACGUGUCGCUGCAGCAAGUGGCGCAAAAAUGUCCUAAUCUGCGCAAGGUCGAGCUUGCCGGGUGUCGCGACAUCGGCGAAAAGGGCCUUUGGUGGCUGUUCCACCUCUGUAAGCAUUUAGAGCACAUCGAUUUAUCGGGGGUAUCAAAACUAACCGGCCAGUGCUUUCACAUGAGCAGUCAGCGUCUUCGCUGUGUCAUCCUAGAUGCUUGCGUGGGAGUGACGCACUCGGGGUUUGUGAAACUUGCUACCAAGUGCUCAUUUCUUCAGAGCCUCAGCCUCAACUCGGUCACUCAGCUUAGCGAUAAAGACCUCAACUACAUCUGUUCGAACCUGCGCGCUAUCAAAAUAAUCAAACUCGAAGGAAAAGGGCUGAAGAAUCUUACCUCUACGGGUCUGUGUACUGCGCUCCAAAAACUGCAACAAUUAGAAGAAGCCUAUCUGGCCGAAAAUGCCGAAGUGACAGAUGAUGUCGUGUGUGUCUUGGCACGCGCCUGUACUCGCCUGCGAAUUCUAGACAUUUCACGUUGUCACCGACUGACGAAUCUAGCCUUCAGUGCACUGAGCCAGUGUUUGAACUUGACGACACUCAGGGCGUCCUAUCUCAAUAAAGUAAACGACGCUGGACUUUGUGCACUUUCCACUCAGGGAGCUCUUGAAUGUUUCGAAGUUCGUGGCUGCCCAAUGAUCGCCGACGAGGGACUAAUUACUCUUGUAUCACUUUGUCCAACCCUUACAAAAGUUGACAUCAGCGGAUGCAGACGUGUAACAAACCACUUUGUUGAUGAAGCUGUCAAACUUCUCAAUACGCGUCCAACAUCGUCUCCGUUGUUGAAACAAACAAGCCACAUCGAAUCCGAUAAAGCAGGUACUGCUGAACAAGAACCCAAAUCUGUACUGGAGUUAGAGCUCACAACUGGCUCAAGUGGAGUAAGCUAUGCAAAGACACCUUCCGUCAGAUUGGUGCUUGACAUCUCGACCACCUGUGUUCUGGAUUGGAUUCCACUUGAAUCGUCAAAGGAUAGUAAAGAAGGAGUGGAGAUACUUGAAGCUGAUAAUGAGGUUUCGGCGGAAUAAGCCUGCCAGUACUCUCAGAAGGUCAUGAAGGCCAUCACCCUUGCAAUUCACCUAUAUACAACUACUUAUGAAUAGAAUAAGAACAGACAGACAUGAUACGAGUCAGUAAAAAGAGAAAAAAUAGUGAAUGAUGAGUAAAACAGGAGCGAAAUAUCGAUUAUGGAUGUUAGUAAAAGAUCGUAUUAUUGCUAUUGCAACGUUGAGAUAGAAGCGGUACUCGUUGUUGGCGUUGUUGUUGUUAUUGUUAUUAUACACAUCUAAAGCUGGCUUUCGAAAGAUUAGUACGCCCGACCUUCCAUGCUGCGACGAUACGGGGUACUUUGUUCUACGAGACUCGAACGAAAGCCAUGUUGACUCUGGCUCGAGCUAGAUUCUAAAGCGAUGAUGAAAUUUGAAUUUAUAAAAAAUUUAAUGUUUCUCGAAUUAGGGCAUUCUGCUUGUUAAACAAAUCCUCAUACUAAAAACAAGUACAAGAUAAAUAGAGAUAGAGCAAAAGCAAGAUACAAAACGGUAUCUUUAAUCAGUAAUCACAAUAAGUAAUCAAUUAAUUAGUCGAAAGACAUUAUAACUAAAUAGGGUCAAGUAAAGAUCUUGACUUUUAUUUGAGAGGAGGAUCGCUAUGCGCCAAUGUUGUGGCUACUCGUGGCGCAUUUCGAAGUUAGGUCAGCGUACUCUAUCGCUGACUUCAAAUGCACAAGGAAUUUUUUAUAAUGUGACCAAAUAUGCGUUGUUGUACCUAGCUAGCUAGCUAAGCAAAUCUACGAAUUACUGAUAUAUAAGUGACAACAACAGACAGAUGGGCAUAAGAAGCUUGUGUUGAUCAUCGAAUUCAACAUCUCCUGUUGACUACAAUACGCAAAUAGACAAUAUCGCGAAAGUUGUCAAUAAAAGGUUCGAUAUUAUCACCUUCACAUAAUGUCGCCAGCAAUUAUGGGUCUAACGAAUUCCGACAACACGAACAACUGGACUGAGCAUCUAAGUUCUAAACUUUUUCCAAAGUGCUAUGAGUCGCCUAACCCUUGUGCGAUCGCCCGCCGAAAACGACUUACGAUAAACCCUGACUAGGUUUAUUUACUGGCAGGGUAGGUCGGUAUUUAUUUGAAUCAUCGGUGUUGCCGAUAAGACCAGCAUGUAUCAAUAACAGUUCUACGUUCGUAGUUAGAAAUAAACUUUCGUGUUCUACUUUUAUUGUUCUAUUUAGUAUUUCAAUGUAACCUCCAAGAAAGUCAGUGAUUUGAUUGAAACUAACAAAUAAUUGCGAUCCAUUUGGAACUCGGGAGUUAUUUAUGUAACUGAUCCUGGUAGAAAGAUGGUACGAACAUUGUAAUAAUUGUUACAGAUAUAACAAUUUUCAGUAUUUCUCUCUCUACUUUACAGCAGUAGAAGUGUGUACGACGCAGUUAGUACCGAUGUAGAUAAGGGUUCCUAUUUGCCAGUGGCUUGUGUAUGGCUAUCUGUCUGUGAACUGCCACGCAGCUUCAGCUGUCACGUGGUUUAAUGAAACUCAGCUCAAAGGCCCUCAUAAACAAAUAGGAUUUGUCCGUUGCUUUUGUAAGCAACCUCUUAACAUUGGAAAAUUUUCCUAUAAAAAUGACCACUUUGAUUGUUUAAUUUUUGUAACCGAUUGAUUUAACAUUAAUUUCUUACAAUAACAACUCGGGACAAGUACAGCUACGGUUAUAAGCUAGGUACUUCACAGUUUAUCUAGUGUAUGUGAUCAGAUCGUAACGAAAAAGAUAUUCAGCAAGGAAAAUAUAUGCUAAUUUUCUAUACUGGCAAUCUUAGCGAUAUAAAGCUCCGAUUACGGUACUACUACACAGCUGAGUAUGCCAAACAGGCCUAGAAACUGUGACAUAAUGGCGUGUUGAGAUAACACUCUGAAUUGAUGACUAUAAUCGGUUCCAUGUUUGUGAUUAGAAUAUGUUUUGUAAGUGUUCCAUUAGGACUGCAACUGUCAUAAUCAAUGAUGAUCGGUUUCGUAGCGAAAGCUUUUUUUCGUAUAAAUCUAUUUCAUUUUCCAUGAUGUAAGGAAAAAUUUUAAAAGGAACCGCAAUCGGUUCGGAUAUGCGCUGUUGUCGAUAUUUCUGACCAGCAAAGUAUGACUAAAAAGAGAGACCUCGCUCAAGCGCGUCGUAUAUUGGAGCUCAUGUCUUUACUAGGCAAAAAUUCUAACUCGGUCAUUCGCUUUGUGCGUGUUCAAAAGAUCGUGAAAAGAAAAAAAAAAAA